AUGUUUAGCUCAUUCAAACUUUAAAACUCUAUCAUUAACGAUUAAGAACUAAGAGAGCAGAUAAUCAAUUCUUUGUUAUCACUUAACAAUGAAAUUAAUCUGAAAUUACGAGAGGAAGGAAUACAAUAAAACAAUUCUGUAUGUAAUAAGUCAUAAGUAUAAAAAUUUAUUAUUAUAAAAAGAAUAAUGCUAAUACAAAAAAAAUUAUAUUUAUAAAUCUCUAACGAAGAAAGUAAAUUUCUUCUUGCAGAAAGUCAAGAAUUAUACUAUAAAAUUUUAAUUUUAAUUGUCAAUUUAAUAUUAAGUUAUAAAAUAACAAUGAUUUUUAUAUUAUAUUAGAGAUGAAAUAAUUUUACCAAGAUUUUGGAAGCCUAACGUAUAAAGGUCAGAUGAAAGUUGAUAAUGAUUCAUUAGGAGGUUGAUUAAUCUUUGUUAUAAAAGCCUUUUGCAAUAAAUGGGAUAGAAUUUAAAGGGUUUUUUAAUAAAAAGUGAAAAAAUAAUAGAUAAUUUAAUCUGUUGGAAAUUUAACAGGAAAAAUAUAUGAAAAUGAUGUCAAAGUGAUUCUUUUUAAUUAUGAUAAUAAAACUUUUAACAACUCAUUAUAAAAAUUUGAUAUGAAUAAAAUUUUUCCAAGAAAUUUUGUAGAAAUAUUUGAAAAAAACACAAAGAAGAUUGUUUAUCAAUCAGCAAAUAGAUAUUGA